GCCCUGUCACCGCCUCUUUGGUCCGAUCGCACGUCUUACGACCUCUUCCUCUACUUGCACGUGCCGCGUUCGGGACUCGAUCACGACUAACCUACGCUCCCGGCUGGCGUACGAAGGUCUGUCGAGAUCACACGCGACUUCUCCCGGGACUUGCGUCAGAUAUACACGGCUAUCGUUGUACGAAAGCCGUUGGAUCGCCAUCCAACGGCUCACAUCCGGAAGGACACGUAACCCGAGCGGGCGGGAAAGGGAACGAAAAACCAAAUAAAUACACGAGGCAAGGCAAGGCAACGAUGCGGAACAGCAAAAGAAUUUUAAUCUCGAUGGGCAAAGCUUGGAAGACUCUUCUUUUACUCUCUCUCCUCUCGCUGUCGCUGACAAUUGCUCAUAUCCAGGAAAAGGGUGAAGAAUCUGAUGAAGAAUCCCCCACUGUAGCAGAAGAACACAACGAAUUCGAGGGUGCUUUCUCAUCGCUCGACGGAAUGUUGCAGUGGGCUAUAAGUCAUUCUGAUCCUACAAGAUUGAAGGAAAAGGCACAUGAUGUUCAAGGACUAUCUGCUGAUGAGUUGAUGAAACUUCAGUUAGAAACAAAGGAAUUGGUGGAGAAAUUGAAGGUGCCAUCGGAUGCAGAAUUGAUGCAAGCAGCAAUAACAGACUUGAAUAAUUCUUCCCUUUCUUUAGAAGAUCUCCAUCGUGCACUCGACGAUCUUCUCAUUCUUGUUGAGUCAAUAGAUAAUGCAAAUGGUCUGAACAAACUUGGAGGCCUAGUUGCGGUCAUUCGAAAGCUCAAUAGUUCUGAACUGGAGAUACGAACAGCAUCUGCAUGGAUUCUUGGGAAGGCCAGUCAAAACAACCCAGUUGUUCAGAAACAGAUUCUUGAACUUGGGGCACUGCCAAACCUAAUGAUGAUGGUGAAAUCCAGUUUUACUGGAGAGGCCUUGAAGGCACUAUAUGCUGUUUCCGCUGUGAUCAGUAACAAUGUUGAUGGCCAGGAGUUGUUCUACUCAGAAGCUGGAGAUUUUUUGCUUCAGGAUGUAAUGAGCAACUCUAGCACUGAUGUCAGGCUUCUCAGGAAAUCCGCUAUUCUUGUAGCAGAUUUAGCACAAUGUAUAUUAGAGAAUGGGAAAGAAGAAAAGCUUCCAUUCAUCAAUGAUCGUAUCUUCUUGAAAUCUCUAGUGAAUCUAACUGCAUCAACUGACCUUGAUCUUCAGGAGAAGGUGUUAAUGGCAAUUAGGAAUCUCCUCCAGCUUACAUCAACGAAAGAGCUGGUUUCCAAUGACCUUUGGGGUCUGGAUGAAGCGAUGGUGAAGAUGAGGGAACGGCUGGAGGAUUUAAUGGAAGACGAGCACAGGAGAGACUAUGCAAGGGAUGUUGAGAGCCUCCGCAAGGAAGUGGAACUCAUCUUCCACAGUAGGCUAGAUAAGGUAACAUAGGAUCCAACAUGGGAUUAAUGCUAAUACAUGCAACGGGUUGCAGGCAGUGUGGACUGUAUCAUAACAUUGCUGGAUGAUGCGGUCCUGUCUGGAGGAAGUUUGUUACAAGGGUGGGAUUGUCCAUUCAAUCACAACUUUAGUUGUAUAUAAUGAGAUAAGACUCCUGGAAGUGGGUUUUGCCCAUUCGAGAAAAUAGAAGGCUGAGUAUUGGUUUUCACCCGGCAACCAAACUACAGUUGAUUUAGUCAUUGCAUGCUGUUUGAUGCAAAUGUAAUGCAUGUGAAUCUAAAACAUUGUCAAAAUUUGAAGGAGAAAAGGAAUAUAUAUAUAUAUAUAUA